AAAUCAUGAAUAGACGUUUUCUCCUUUAAAUAAGUUGUCUUUGUUCGUGACAGUAGUUCACGAUAUUGUGAUUAUCUUUUUUUUUGAAUGACGGACAGAAAGACUGAGUGAGAGAAGAAAUGGGUGUGCAAGGCCUCUGGCAGCUUAUUCAGUCAACUGGUAAACCAGUCUCCCUCUUGUCUCUCGACGGCAAAAUACUUUCAAUCGAUGUGAGCAUAUGGCUCCACCAUGCUGUUAAAGGAAUGAGGGACAAGGAUGGAAAUCCCCUUCCAAAUGCUCAUCUUCAAGUCCUGUUUUCUCGGAUCUGUAAGCUGCUAUUCUACAAUAUAAAACCUGUGUUUGUCUUUGAUGGUGGUGUGCCAGUACUGAAGAAGCAAACUCUGGCAUUCAGAAGAGAAAAUCGUGAAUUAGCAGAAAAAGAGAGUUCAAAGACAAACCAGAAGUUGCUUCAAAAUUUGAUGAAGAGCCAAGCUAUUAAGGAAGUUCUUGGCGAUGAUGCAGGUCCAUCAAAAAGUCAAUUGUCAACAUCCACAAAGUCAAGAGAUAUGUUUGAGUUACCUCCCCUUCCUGCUGAAUUCUUAAGGAUGCAGGAAGAGAACAGUAGUUGGGAAGAACGUGUCGCUGCACAGGAAGUCAUGGCUGAAGAUGAAUUGGAUGAUAUAGAUGUUGACUCCCCUGACUUCUGUAGCCUGCCAUCUGAGUUGAAGCAUGAGAUUCUCACAACUAUGAAGGAACAACGGAAGUACAACUUAUCUGCAAAAAUGGACCUACCAGAGGAUUCACUCGAUUUUUCCAGUUAUCAGAUGGCAAAAAUACUUAAACAGAAUAAACUGGCUUCAAAAAUUGAACAAGUACGUAAAGAAAUGAAUGCUCCAUCUAGGUCAGAGAUAAGUUUGACACUUGGGGAUGAUUAUUAUAGUGACUCGGUGAUACAAUCUCAACGAGUUAUCUCUGAAGACAAGUCCCACUUUGUUUUGAUUAAAGGGACUGGCAAGCAAAGAAGAGAGGAGGAAUUAGCCAAAGCAAAUGAAUAUGAAGAGGAGUUAUUAAAGGCAGAACUUGCAACAGCACAGGAAGAAGAUAACAAGAUGAAACAAAUAAUGGAUAACAUUUCAAAUGAAAGCGACAAGGAAAUUGGAAAUAAUAGAGAUAUGGAAGUGGUAUCCAAGAAAAGUUGUGUUGUAGACAUUACUGAGAACAUGACUCAUGUUGUAGAAAUUACCGAGAACGUGGUAAAUGCUCAACAAGUUUUAACAGAUGACCACACAAGUACUGGACCCUAUGUUGACCAGCAGUGCAGAAGUAAUAUUCUUAGUGAAGUAUUGAACAUGAAAAACAAAUUACUCCAAAAGAUUUCUGAUGAUGAUGUUUCAGAUUCACGUGAUAUUGAUAGACCUGCCAUUGUAGAUAGGUCGCAACCAAAAGAUCCAUUUAAAUUGUCUCAAUCUGCAGAACACUCCAGUGAUCCAUCUUCUACAAAUGUGACACAUAUCAAAAGCAGCUUACAACCUUCAUCAAAUCAAAAAGAAUCAGUUUGUCAGGUAGAAAAUGACAUGAUACCGAUGAAAACCUCCAAUCUGUCCAACGGUCAAGAAUCCAGACCAUCCGCUAGCAAGGACAACUGUGGUGUCCCAAUUUUGAUUUCAAGUGAUGAUGAUGUAGUAGUAAAGAAACCAAGAUUGAAUUUUGAUAGUACAAUCCAUUACCAGCAGCAGCAGCAAGGACUUCACAAGGUAGAGGCUGCUGUUGCAUGUGAUGAUAGCAGAUCUGAAGAUGAAGGAUUCAUAGAGAUUUCCAUAGAUACAACUAAAAGGAAUGUACCUGAUGACCUGUUCCCUGCCUCAAUAUUUAGUGGUGGAGACAAUGAGGAUACAGUGCCCUUAACACUUCCUUCAGAGGAACAGAUAAUUGCCUCAACUUCAGCACAAAAAGUGGUCACUAAUGAGGAACCUGUUGGUACUAUAACAGCAGAUGAGCAACUGAUGGACAUGACUGCUGAUCAAUUUCAAGAACCAAAUCCCUUUCAGGAUUUUAAAGAGGACGAUUUGCUGGAGUACAAGGAAGAUCUUGAAUUGGAAAGCAUAAAUUUGCAGCAGGAACGUGGCAAACAAGAUCGGCUGGCGACAAGCAUCACUGAUCAGAUGUACCUAGAGGCACAGGAGCUGCUUCAGAUGUUUGGCGUACCUUAUGUUGUCAGCCCAAUGGAGGCCGAGGCACAGUGUGCCUUCAUGGAUCAAACAGAUCAGACACAGGGAUCUAUCACUGAUGACAGCGACAUCUGGUUGUUUGGUGGGACCCGUGUUUACAAAAACUUCUUCAAUCAAAACAAACAUGUGGAAUUUUUCCAGAGGACAAGUAUUGACUAUCAAUUAGGUUUGUGCCGGGAGAAGAUGAUAAAUAUCGCUCUAUUGUGUGGAAGUGAUUACACACUGGGAAUACAGAAGGUUGGCCCUGUGUCUGCCCUGGAGAUCAUGGCAGAGUUUCCAGGGGAUGGUGUCGAAGGGCUAAUCAAAUUCAAGUCUUGGUGGGACAAAGCAAGGCAUAAACAAAGCAAGGACACAAAAAUCAGAAACAAACUGAAGCAGCUGGAUAUCCACGAAGGUUUUCCCAGUGCAGCAGUUGUAGAUGCUUACCUCAGUCCUAAGGUAGACGAGUCAAUGGAUGCCUUCACCUGGUCUAGACCUGACCUUGACCUCCUCCGAGAUUAUGCUAGAGAGAAGUUUGGCUGGAGGAAGGAGAAAGUGGAUGAGAAUCUCCUACCAGUGAUGAAGCGAUUGAACGAAAGACAAAGGCAAGGAAAAAUCGACAAAUUUUUCCAACCAGAAGCAUUCUUAGAAUCUAAAAAAGUGCAAAGUUCUCGUGUCAAACAGGCUUUGUCAAAAUUAACAAGUGCCCCAACUUCUGAACUUCUCCAUACGAAGGCCAGCCAGUCUCCUAUACAAAAGGCAAAAGAUGCUAUGGCAGAAAGAAGGAGAAAAAUGAAAGGCAAAGGAAUUUCUGCAGGUCAAGGGUUAAAGAGCAGAGGUAAAGGAAAGGGCAAAAGGACGUUGAAAGGUGAAUCUAAGAAAAAUGAAGGUAAGCAUGACAAGUUCAUGGUUAAAGAGUUUGUGGAGCUGUCGGAGAGUAGUUCAAGUGAGGAGGAAAAGAGCUGUGCAUUUAAACACAAAACUAACAGUUCAGCUACUGUUACUUCUGCAGCAAAGACAGACAGUUCAAAGUCCCUCUCCUAUCUGGAAUCCGGAGGAUUUUAUCAGGACGAUGAUGAAGAUACCAGUGAAACUGUUGGACAAAAACUGAAAUCAUACUUUGACCGCUUGGAAAAGGGAUUUAUUGGAAAAAGUGAUGUAGAACAGAAAUCUGAUAGUAGACAGGCAAGUGAAAGGAGGUCAAUAAAGAUUUCCAAAACUGUUGAUAACAGUGUGGCCAUCACACGGAAUUCACGGAAAACUAAAGCUCGAUCUAAAUUAGUCAGGAUGGACAACUCUGACAGCUCCUCUGAUAGUGAUUUUUGAUGUAAACAUUUAAAACUGUUGGACCUGACUUUUUUCUUAGUAAUGCAGAAUUAUUACAUUAAAUUUAUUUUUUUUAAACAAUGUAUAGAGCCAACAUCAGUCUUCAGUUAGGUGUGUUCUUCAGUGGAGCACUCCACUUAUGAUACCUACAGGUAUACAGGGUCAUCAACAGGAACCUGUACAAUAAAGACAGGGAAAUGUUAACAGCAACAAGAUCAGGUGUUAGUAAAUAAGUAGGUCACUUAACAAGUAGUUUUGCCUCCAGUUGAGGCUUCAUCAGGACAGUUCCAGUUGAGGCUUCAUCAGGACAAUUUUAGCUGAGGCUUCAUCAGGACAAUUCCAGUUGAGGCUUCAUCAGGACAAUUUCAGUUGAGGCUUCAUCAGGACAAUUUCAGUUGAGGCUUCAUCAGGACAAUUUUACACCAACCUUUCCUUGCCUAUAUUUAUUUUUUUUAAACCAGAUCUACCUUCCUUUUGGUUUGAUGAAAUUUUCAAAGCCUAUUGAGUAACAUGCUAAUAAUUAUUUACAGAAAGGAAGCUGGUUUUGAUUUGUUUAUAGCAAAAGGUCAUCAAUAUGUGUGGAUUGAAUUAUUAACGUGUAUGUUCAGAUGAUGGUUGCCAUAUCUGAAAUUUUACAUGCAGCAAAAACAUUUUUAUAUUAUCAGAACAUGCUCAGG